AUGGAUAGGGGCAUGCUGACAGGACUAGUUCUACUGGAUUUGAGCUCAGCGUUUGACACGGUAGAUCAUCGUGUCUUACUACAGAGACUACAAGAAGUUGGUAUAGGAGGUUCGGAUUUGAGUUGGUGUCAAUCAUACCUUGAUGGUCGCACUCAGGCUGUUCGCAUUGGUGAGAAUGACUUCUCGGACCCAAUGAAGAAGGUCAUUGUUCCCCAUCUCACAGUUGGUGAGGCACGUGUAAGUCCGGCUUCCAAAGUACGCUCACUAGGUCUAACACUGGAUUCCAACAUGUCAAUGGAACCCCAAAUCUCUAGCUGCAUCCGAUCAGCAUGUUAUCACAUCAGGCACAUUCGUCGAAUCCGGGAUUAUCUGACUCCACAUGCCACGAAGCAGGCAGUCCAUGCACUCGUCACGUCACGAUUGGACAUGUACAAUAGUACCCUGAAUGGACUGCCCGACACUCUCAUCAAACGACUGCAGAAGGUCCAAAAUUCUGCGGCUCGGCUUGUCACCCGAUCAAAGCUAUCUGAUCAUAUAACCCCCGUUCUCGAGGAUCUGCACUGGCUGCCUGUGAGGCAAAGACUCGAGUACAAGGAUGGCCCAUGA